AUGGCCUCGCCGUUUAUCCCCCUCUGUCUCAGCCUCUUGCUCGCAAUCUGCAUCCCUUACAGCAUCCACGAACACCCCGACUACUGCGACUGCUGCGAGUGUCCUCUCAUUCUAAUGGCACUGACUGGUCUCCUUUUCAUCUUCUACAUCCCCUACAAGGACAUUUUCGCAAACGAGUUCCAGGUUUUGGAUUGGAUGCAUUUAUUCGCAGCUGUUGGGGUACAUUUGUCCGCUUUACACAUGCUGGUGGUGUGCAGGAGGAAAGGUGUUUAA